CUCACUCCAGACAGAACUGGAUCAGCUGUGCGCAAUUCAGCUGCUCUGCUCGGAGGAAGCCUGCACAGGAAGCCCCAGGAAGCCCGCAUACCCUGCGAGCCGCCCCUGGCCCCAGGAAAGAGUGCACGGUAUUGGCGCUGCCCUCAGCCCCACUUCAGCCAUGGGAAUACAGACCAUCAGCCCAGAUGUCCCCCAGACGCUGUGCUGAGAAAGCCAUUGGUGCAGAUCCACCAGCACCCACCGCAGUCGUGCACCCAGACGCUCCAUGGUAAUGCUGGGAAUCAGCCCAGUCCUCGGCCCCUUCUCUGACUAUAAAAUAUGCGAUGAUGAUGCUAAAUUUCCAGAAAUGGAAUGAGAUGCCAUGCUGUUAGCCGCAGUGUGCCAGGGUGAGGGUCUGCCGUGGGUGCUGCUGGGGCUGUGUUUCCCUAUCCGGGUGUGGGGUCCGUGUCCUUCGUCUCCCCACUAACAGGACCGCUGUGCACACCAGAUGCUGAUCUCCUAUUACUGGAAAACAGGAAUUAGCCUGUCUGCUUGAGGAUGUGGUUGGUUCUUUAUAAAGAGGACACACAGGAAAGCUUGCACAUAGAGCGCCAGCUUCGUUAUGCUGCCGACAGCUCCCAGCAAAAGGAGGACAUUGGCAGCCAGAUAUUUCGCCCGCUCCAAAAGCCUGGUGAUGGGGGAGCAGAGCCGGAGCCCCGGGCGGCCGCCCUGCCCCCGCAGGCUGGGCCCCGUGCUGAAGGCAGGCUGGCUGAAGAAGCAGAGAAGCAUCAUGAAGGGCUGGCAGCAGCGCUGGUUCGUGCUGCGUGGGGAUCAGCUCUUCUACUACAAGGACAAAGAUGAGACCAAGCCCCAGGGCUUUAUUUCUCUGCAAGGGACCCAGGUGACCGAACUGCUUCCUGGCCCUGAGGAUCCGGGAAAGCACCUCUUCGAGAUCAGCCCAGGUGGUGCCGGGGAGCGGGAGAAGGUGCCGGCCAACCCCGAGGCGCUCCUGCUCAUGGCCAGCUCCCAGCGGGACAUGGAAGACUGGGUGCAGGCCAUCCGCCGGGUCAUCUGGGCCCCGUUUGGCCGAGUGUCCUCCCCACUGUUGCGUCAGCUAGCUGAGGGUGUGACCAGCUCCUCUCUGUGCCCAGGGAUCUUUGGGCAGCGCCUGGAGGACACAGUCCACCACGAGCGGAAGUAUGGCCCGCGCCCGGCGCCGCUGCUGGUGGAGCAGUGUGUGGACUUCAUCCGCGAGCGCGGGCUCACCGAGGAGGGCCUCUUCCGUAUGCCCGGCCAGGCCAACCUGGUGAGGGACCUGCAGGAUUCCUUUGACUGUGGGGAGAAGCCACAGUUUGACAGCACAACAGACGUGCACACGGUGGCCUCGCUGCUGAAGCUCUACCUGCGGGAGCUCCCCGAGCCUGUGGUCCCCUUCGCCAGGUACGAGGACUUCCUUAACUGCGCCCAGCUGCUCACCAAGGACGAGGGGGAGGGGACUCUGGAAUUGGCUAAGCAAGUGAGCAGCCUUCCCCUGGUCAAUUACAACCUGCUCAGAUAUAUCUGCAAGUUUCUGGAUGAAGUUCAGUCCCACUCAGAUGUCAACAAGAUGAGCGUCCAGAACCUGGCAACUGUUUUUGGGCCUAAUAUACUUCGGCCGCAGAUAGAAGACCCAGUGACCAUUAUGGAAGGCACUUCUCUGGUCCAGCACCUGAUGACCAUCCUGAUCCGCAAACACAGCCAGCUCUUCACUUCGAGGACCACGGAGGGGCCAGCCUCCCCACGCGGGGGCCCACCGUGCACCGUGGGAUGGGGCUCCGAGGAGGUCACCAGGGACGACCAGGCAGAGCCCGGCAGUCCCAGCGCCCCCUGCCUGCCCUCGCACAGGACCUCUUCUCUGGAUGGGGCUGCCGUGGCAGCACUCUCUAGAACCUCUCCCACGGGCCUGGGGAGCCGAUGCAGCCCUGCUGCCACCAGCCCUGGGAAGAAGGUGCAGACUCUGCCCAACUGGAGGUCUUCCUUCCGGCAGUCAGGGUCCCGGUCAGGGAGUCCGAAGGUGGGCACCUCAUCCCUGGAGGUCCCCAUCCUCUCCUCUGGAGGGAACUGGCUCAUGAAUGGGCUGUCCUCCCUGCGAGGCCACCGCCGGGCCUCAUCAGGAGACCGGCUCAAGGACUCGGGCUCCGAGCAGAGACUCUCCACCUAUGACAAUGUGCCCCCGCAGAGCUCCUUUCCCAGCACACCCAGUGUGGCCAGCCUGCCAUGGUCGGGGGUCUCCUCCUGUGAGGCCUCGGCUAGGGGCUCGGUCAGCAGCUGCACAGCGUGCCGGGCCAGCGGCUCCUCCGCCUGCAGCUCCCUGCACGUCGAGGGGGCCCUCGAGCCCUCCCCUGUCCUCAGCAGCAGCGAAGAGCGCAGAUCGCUGGAUCAGGACCAUGGCCUGGAUGGAGUGGGCGCCUGCGUCAGCAGCAGCGAGCCCAGUGACCCAGGCAGCCCUGCUCAGGACCACGCCCGCCGAACCGAGGUUCUCCAGGGCCUGGUCACAGAGCUCAGAGCAGAGCUGUGCCGGCAGAGGACUGAGUAUGAGACGAGCGUGAAAAGACUCGAAGAAGGUAGUGCCGACCUGAGGAAACGAAUGUCACGGCUAGAAGAAGAACUAGACCAAGAAAAGAAAAAGUACACAAUGCUGGAAAUAAAGCUGAGGAACUCGGAGCGGGCACGGGAAGAUGCAGAAAAGAGGAACCAGCUGCUGCAGAGAGAAAUGGAAGAGUUUUUUUCAACCCUGGGAAGCUUGACUGUUGGGGCAAAAGGUGCCAGAGCACUGAAGUAAAGGAAUCAGCAGAGUUUGUUUCUGCUGCGUGCUUGCCCUCCCGGCCCUCCACAGCCUCAAGAGGAGCCAGAGCCUUUGCAGCUGGACCUGGGCCUCAGUGGUGCCAGCAGAUCCGGCACGGGCUGGAGAGAGCAGUCCUGACACCCGUCAGGAGCCCGAGCCCCACCCGGGAUCUGGAGGCUGCUCUGACCAUGCGCGGCGUGGCAGGCAUCAGAGCGGCAGUCCCAUGACUGCCAGAAUAGACGGCACUUGGGAUGUGAGUGGCCCACCAGGACUUUUCUGCAUUCUUUAUUAAAUGUGCUCUCCAAGCAUGA